AUGAAGGGGGGGGGGUGCGGGGAGCUGAGGGGAGAGCCGGGAUUGGGGAUCCCGCCGAGGCCCGGCAGCGCUGUCCGCUUACCCUUCGCCGCCGCCGCUUCCCCCUCCUCCUCCUCGGCCGCCGCCGCCGCCUCUCCCACUACGGCAGCCGUCUCCACCGUCGCCGCCGCCGCCUCCACCACCACAGCCGCCGCCAGCGCCGCCGCCGCCUCCAAUUCCACCCGGCAGGGGGGACACCUCAGCCCUCCCUCCCUCCCCGCUCAGCCCCUCCGAUCGGCCGCCGCCGCCAACUCCCUCCGGCUGCCGCUGCCGCCGCCGCCGCCUGUCGCCUCUCCCCGCUCCUCGGCUCCAGCUCGCUCGGCCUCCCUACCUCCUUCGGCCCCCACCCCCCUCGCGCUUGCUUGCCCUCCCCCCACCCCCCCAGCUCUCGCUCGCUCUCGCCGCGGCUCCGCCAGUCCAGUGCAAAUCAAAAUACUGUCACACAAUAUGGCGGCGCGGCCGCCGGCAAACACCGCGAGAUCUGUGGGCGCUGCUGAGGCGGCGGCUGUGACGAGGCCUCCCCCAGUCGGGCGGCGGGGGAGCGGUCGGCGGCGGUGGCGGCGGCGGCGGCGCGGAGAUGCUCUUUCUCCGCCCUGCACCCCUCCCCCGACUCUCGCAGACUCCACACCCGUCUUGCGAAGGCUGAAGGGAGAACGCUGCCCGGCCGUGCGGACUGGCGCGGGCCGCCGCCGGGGCCGUGCUAGAGGGGCCGCCGAGGCAAACGGCCCGAGGAGGGCCCGGGAUCCUACUUUUUAA